UAUUGAAGAGAAAAGGAGAAAAAAAGAAAAACAAUAGAAUUGUUAAGAAAAAUACCAUUUUCACUCAGGAAAAAUGUAAAAUACUAAUAAAUAAAACAAAUAUUUAAAUCAAUACAUGUGUUUUAAGUAAACAAAAAUAUAAAAUCGUGUAAUAUUAAUAACAAGUUCAACAACUAAAGAGCUAAAAGAAGAUUUUAAAAGUGAUUUAACAAGUGCUGUCUGUUUGUAAGCGUAGGUUUAUGAGAUCAUACAACAAAAAUAAUUUAAUAAUACAGAAAUUAUCAAUGUUAGUGAACAGUUUGUAAAAAACAUGAAUUUUUAUACAAAAUAAUGGAUUUCGAGGCAGACGAUUUACAAGGCCUGCCGGCCUCAAGGCGGCGAACAUUUUCCAAUGCCUCCCAACAGUCUCAGCUAAGUUCUAAGCAAAACUUUCCCCUGAUGACCAGCGAUUCUGGCCUCUACACCUGCAGUUCUAAUGCAAGUGAUUGCAGUUUGCCAAUGGAGUCCGAUACAGAUUCCUCGCUUCCAAGCAGUAAACUAAAACUGCUAAAAAAUGAAAGACUGCAAUUGGCCUUGCAAGAUGUGCGCAAAUUACGCAGUGAAUUGGAAAGAUUAACCAAGUCCGAACAAUGGUAUAAACAAGAGCUAAGGCAACAGAAGACAACACGUCUGGAGGAUUUAGAAAGGAUAUAUACACAAGAAAGGAAAUUUAUGCAAGAAAAUCAACGUCUGCAAAAGGAAUGUGUAAGACUGUAUGAAAAGUGCAAUGAAUUGGAAAGGGAACUAGAAAAACAAAAUCAGGAGAACAGUAGUAAUCAGCCUAAGCAACAUAUGUUAGAGGAGGAAGAUGUUGCAGAGGAAAAUAUACUUAAAUUUGAAAAGGAGCAACAUAUGGCUUUGAUAAAAGAUCAACAGCAAUUGAUUUCGGUUUUACGCAAACAAAAACGUUCUUUGCUGGAAGAUUUAAGAUGCUUAACCGUAGAAAAGGAUGAAAAAGUAAUGGAACUACAGCGUCUUUUGGCUGAUCUAGAGUUUGAUAAUAAACUUAUUACCAAAAAAUGCACACAAUUUGCCAAGGAGCGUAAUUUAUUGGAAAACAAUUUAAAACAAACUGACUGCAAAUUAACAGGCACUUUGGAAGAAAAAAUGAAUUUACAAAAGUCCAUAGUAGAACUCAAAGAACAAUUAGUUAUACAAAAGGAACUGCUUAAGCUUAAAGAAUCGGAGAUAGAAAACAUACAACAGCACUAUACAAAUAAGAUACAGGAGGAAGAAGAUAUGGAACAAGUACAUAAUCUAAGUAUAAAAUACCAGGAGGAAAUCAAUUCUAAAACCUUAGAAAUCAUUAAUUUAAAAGAAAGACUACAAGAAAUGCAAGAUGAAAUGGAGAAUAUGCAGCAAUUACAGCAACAAAAUGAACUGCAACAAAGACAAAUAGAACAACUAAACUACAGUCUAGAAGCCUAUCGUUUAGAGCUGCAAGAGCUCAAGACUUCAGAGCAAGAUAAAAAUAAACAACUUCAGGAUUUACACCAGACCAUGGAUGAUUUGAUUAAAGAUAAAAAUAAGAUUUUCAAAACCACCGUGGAACAACAAAAUGAUUUAUUGAGAUUAAAACAAGCUUUAAAAACUACCCAAGAGCAGUAUGAACAAGUACAAGAAUUAUAUAAAAACACACAAUUUCAACUCGAAUUAUUAGAAUUAGAACAUGGAAAAGUUAAAUUUCAAAACGAACGUGAUAGACAGGAAAUAGAACAUUUAAGAAAUAAACUAAAACAGUACUUACAACAAACCGCAGAAUUGAGUAAUAAAUUGCAAUUACUGGAGCAGGAAAUGGUUAGAGUUUUAAAGGAAAACUCACAACUUAAACAAGAAUCGCAGGAAAUGAAGAAACAGGUUAAGGAACAAGAGAUUUUGUUGAAGGAGAUGGAAGAAAUUAAACUACAGGAUUUAACUGGAAAUAAGGCUUAUAAAGGAUUUAAACAUCAAGAGAAUGUAUUAACACAGACGCAAGAAAUUGAUAAAUCUUCUGCAGAUCAAGAUUUCAUAGAAUUGCAACUACAGUGUGAAAAACUUCAAGCAAAACUUGAUUUUAUUCAACAGCAUCAAACGCAAACAGAAAAUCAUGUUAUUUUGCAAACACUAAAUGAUUUUGUAAAUCAAGUUGCUAAUGUACAGAAGGAAGAGGAAAUUAUAGUGACAAAUUCUUGUCUGGCAAAUGAUAAUCUUGAAAAAGAGUCAGAUUUUGUAAAAUUAUCUCUACAAAGCAAUAAACUACAAGAAAAUCUGAAUAAACUUAAUGACUUCCUACAGGAAAAGCAACAAUUAGUUGGUCAUCUAGAUAAAUUACAAGAAUCCAAUAAAGGCUUGGAAAAACUAGUCAAAGAGAAUGAAAUUCUUAAGCAAAAACUAAGCGAAACGGAAACCGAAGCCUGCUCACUGCAAAUAAAACAAGAUAUCAAUGAAAGAACACAAAAAUAUACUCUGAUAGAGGAAAAUCUUGAGGAACAUAAACUAAAAGUAAAAGCCCUACAAGAUCAACUAUUGGAAAAUGAUGCAAAACUUUAUAAAAUGCAAAGAAAAUUUGAUGCAUUAAAGCAGGCUGAUGUUAAACUAGAAGAAUUCGAAAAGGAAAAUAAAAAACUAAAAGAACAAUUAAGACAAGAACUAGAAAGUAAGACUGAUUUAAAUAAAAAAUUGCAACAGGAAAAGGAAAGCAUAUUAGAAUUAAAAAAUUGUUUAGAUGAAAUAAAAAUGAAACAGAAACUUACCAAACAUCAAGCCAUACAAUGUAAUUUGCAGGAAGAUACUAAGGAAUCCCACAAUGAAGUUCAGGAGCUAAAAGAACAUGUUCUAAAGCUACAACAACAACAGCAAAUGUUCUUAGAACAAGAAACCCAUAAAAAAGAAGAACGUUUGCAUUUCUUACAUAAAAUGUUGGAAUUGCAAAAUAAUAAAAUGCAUAAUCUACAACAGCAACAACAAGAUUGGCAGGAGAUGUUAACUUCUCUUAAUACAGCCCAAGAUUUAGAGGAAAAAACACGUAAAGAAUUAGAAUUAAAACGUUUAGAAUUAGAAGAACUAAAUCAAGUUUUUGCCGAACAAAACGAAGAACUAAGAAAAUUAGAAGAAUUUACCACGUUAUUAGAACUAAAAAGACAACAAGAAAAAGAACAACUUAAACUAACAUUCCAACAGGAAAUCAAUGUGAUGAAACAGCACUUGCAACAGUGUCAGCAAGAAAUUAAACAGCAAAAAUUGAUUAAUUUGCAACUAGAAGAACGUAACGAAAGAUUCCAAUUGAACAUAAACGAAGAUUAUGCCACAGAAGUGGCGGAAUAUAAAAAAGAGAUACGAGAAUUAAAAUCUAGAGUAAGUAGAAUUAUGAAGGAAAAAGAGGACUUAAAGGAACAGCUUAUGGAAGUGGAAAAACAAACCAAACAACUUAAAGAUAAUAAAAGAGAGGCGAUUCUAAUGCCCGAGCUAAGUUUAGUUAAGUUAACGGAAAUGUCUGUGGAGAAUACCAUAGAAACGGUGGAGGUUUUAAAAGAAACUAUCAGUGAAGAUCAUUUACGUAUUUUGACUAAAGUACUGGAGGCAGAAUAUCAACGUAAAAUGCAAAGAUAUGAUGAGCAUAUACAUUCUUUGUUAAGUAAUCUUAAAAGUCUUAAGAAAUCCCUUAAGGCCAAUGAAGAAAAGACAGCUUUACUAAGUGAAGAACAGCUUAAAACUAAGGAGGAGUUAAUAGAAUUGCAAAAGACCAAAAGAAGUUUAGAGGAUAUGCGUUUGAAAUAUGAACAAAGUCAAGAUACUAUAAAAGAAUUAAAACAAUCUUUGGCGUUUGAACGCAAGAAAUUUGAAUUAUCCGACAUAGGCAAAUCAUCCCAAACUAAUGGCACCACCACCUAUGAGGUCUCCAAUCUCAUAGAUGAUUACAAAAAGUUAAUACAACAAUCAGCUUUGGUCACUAAACGACCAUCGACCAGUGCAAUUUUGGAUUUAAUUCAACGUAGCAAUCAAUGUGUGCCAAAUUUACACAAACUAGAAACAAACGUAGAUGGUUUACGUUCUGAAUUACAGAACUUUUUAACUUCUUAUAAUCACAAAAUGUCCACUAACUCUUUAAUAGCAGCAGCUUCUUUAAACGUGCCUCCUUCACUGAUGGAUGAAUUAAGGGCAGCCUCCGAAGGAUUUUAAAUUUUAGUUUUUUUUUAAUUUAAAAUUGAAGACUUGCCCUCUUUCUUUUUUUCAAGAAAAAGCAACCAUUUUAGUCAAACUAUUUAUUUUUUAUGUAAUUAUUGUUUAAUUUAUUUAAAUUGUUUACUGUUUUCAAUAUUUGUUUAUUUUGUAUUUUUUUCGUUUACUAGAGCAACGUUUAUUUU